AUGGGACGGCAAUCACUACGAAGUCCCUUUCCAAUUGCUGUGCGAACGUCAAGCAUCAAUGCAGAGACCACCAUGUAUGAUGAAAGGAACUUGCCCAGGACAGCGAGUCAGGGUACAAUGAGAAUGGCCUCGGAAAGAAACAGAAUGGCUUCCUUACAGCAGCCAGAUCCUGCGAAUUCAUCCUUCAAUCGAGAACUCCGCGUGCGAGCAUCGUCUCCGUUACUUGGCCGAAACUCUCAGUCAAAUCAAUCUUCUGCAAGACAUUCCUUGCGUCCGCCUAUGCCUAUGGAGAGUUCGCAAAUGCAUAACCCCGGCUCGACGGCGGGUUUUGCACACGAUCUGAAUUUCGACAAAUAUGCAUUCGACACUCAAUCGCAACGCAGUUUGGCAUUUGGAGUAGUGGAUGAUAUGCGAGGAAUCGGUUUUCCUCAAUUGGAUCCGAAUUCCAAGAGUCCGAAGAAUUCGAAACCCCCAACCACGCCAACCGGAGAGCGACGACCGGAAAGCGCACCGAAAAAGAAACCAGGCAGACUCGAUCUUUCUCUGCUAUUUCCCAAACCAAAGCCCGCUGCAGCUCCCUUGCUUUCUCCUCAGCGAUACACGAAUUCGCCGUCACCUGUCAAUUCAGAGUUUUCGGUCAAACCACAGCCAGCCAAACUCACAAAGCCACGUUCUAGGGGUUAUAUCCGAGCAUCUGUCAAGGAAUCUCCUGCUCCUAUCCCAGAGGACCCGCCAUUUCCCAGGAAAAGGGUUUCCACUCGUAGGCCUGCCGUUGACUGGUUUGAUGUUCCUUUGGAACAAAUUAUCCGCCUAGGGGAAACCCUUGAAGUUGAUGUUGAGGAGGAGAAUAUCGAGAAAUCUGAUCGUGUGUUGGACCAUUCAAAGACAGCGAAGGAGGCGAAACAUUUCAAACCGGUAGCACCAGCACCAGCACCGGCAGUCACGAAACCAAUUCAAGCCCCAGUUCAGCCCGACAUCGCCAAGAAUUCUUCAGCCGUCGAUUCCAGGAGGUCAUCUCGUACACCCUCUAGGGUAUCCAACCAUAAAUCAUGCGGAAGCCGUGGAAACGAAAAUCAUCAUUAUCGCCAGCCACUACCUCCCUCAAAUCCAAACCGCUCUCGCGCCUCCCUUCACACAUGGCAGUCCGAAGGUGAUUUACGUUCGGCCCAUCAAAAGCCGGCUGGCCGCUUGGUAAAGAAGAAGAGCAGUAGCACCUUUCACACCAAGGACUUGACGAAGAACAGCGUCUUGUCCCUGUCAUCAUCCGAAGACGAAGGUGAAAAUACCGAUGCCGAUGAGGACUAUGGUAAGCAACUCAUGACAAAGGUGGCCCCAUCUCGAGGGCCUCGGGACAGUUUCUCCACAACCGACUAUGUUGAACCAGAGAUAUGCCAUGCUGAGGCGGUAGUUACUACCAAAGGUUAUGGAUUGACUCGUCUUGGUCGUGCCAAUUCGAAUGUGUCUAGUGUCAGCUCCGAAUCGCGCAGUACACAACGACGUUAUAUUCCUUCCCGAGCUGAUUCGCGAUCCCCUAUGGGCAGAUCAUCCGUUUCCACGAAGAUGUAUGGAUCGUCUGCUCAUUUCGAUGUCCCUUUGAUCGAGGAACCAGAAGAGCAGGCGGAAGAAGUCAGCAACACCCGACGACCCCGGCUUUCAUCACAAUCAUAUAGUGACCUCCACUCUGCAAAGAGAAGAAGUCGCAUCAUUGCAGUCACUCGGCAGGAAGAGUCCUUGCUAGAGGCGAUGAGGUUACGGAAUGGUCGAAUCACCCCCAGCAUAUACAAUGAUAUUGAGCCUGUUGGUCAGCUAGGAGCUGAGAAGCACAGGGACUCGGAGUCAGUAUCUGCAGCACUAAGCUCCCCUGAGCUCAUUCACACUCAGUUUGAUACUUCAUUCCUCCGGCUGAGUGCAGCUAUGAGAAUUCCACCGCUUGCUGCACCAAACCUCGCUGAGAAUGAAUCUUUAAUUGACAAAGACUCAUACUUGCCUACGUCCGACACCGAGCAGCAGAGUGCUCAUAGCAACAACAAUAUCUUCACCCCGUCUUCUCGAUUGAGUCUCGCAUAUUCCGAAACACCUUCAUCGACGUCGACCAUGGGUCAUGCAUCUCCCGUCACACCCACUCUUCUUCCCAUUCAUCGAUUCUCUCAUCAGUUGGCGGCUCCUCCGCCAUCCCAUGCGCUUCCCCCACUUCCGGAUGAAGCUGCGACGAGACGACAUUCUCGUCGCAGGACGGAUAGCAGCGAUGCCAUAGUAUUGGAAGAAGGCGAGACUGAAAAGCUAUCGAGUCCACCUGUUUAUCCUUUAUGGGCCGUGAAGUGGGGUCGAGAUCCUCAGGAUGUUGUUGCUAUUGCACAUUAA